CUGGAGGACUCGUACGGCGAGUCGCAGGACGACAGACAGGGAAAGAUGUUAUUACACACGGAGUACUCCCUACUAUCGCUCCUACACGACAUGCCCGGAGUCAUCCACCACUGGGGCCUCUUCAAGGACGAGGCGCUGGAGGAACGGGAGGUGUCCGGCGGCCAGUGGGUGUACACCGGGAACACCAAAAAGCGUAUUUGUCUGGUACUCGACUGCCUGUGGGCUCACGAUUUUAGUCCCAAAUCCGUGGAUUUGGUUAAUCUCCAGCACCACGUGAUUAAGGAGAAGAAGUUGCCGGAGAGGGAGGCGUUACGGAUAUUUCUCGAAGUCGUGCGCAUUGUCCGCGACCUCCAUCAGCGCAAUAUCGUGCACCGGGAUCUCAAGCUCGGCAAUAUGGUGUAUAAUAGGCGCGCCCGUACUGUCACUCUAAUCAACUUCUGUUUGGGAAAGCAUUUGAUUAGCGAAAACGAUUUGCUGACCGACCAGAGGGGUAGCCCCGCGUACAUCAGCCCCGACGUGCUCAGCGGGAAGCCCUACUUGGGAAAGGCGUCGGACUGUUGGGCACUCGGCGUCGUGUUAUAUACCAUGCUUUUCGGUCAGUUCCCCUUUUACGAUAGCGUUCCCCAGGAGUUGUUCCGCAAAAUAAAGUCCGCCGAGUAUUCGGUGCCCAAAGAGAGCCGGGUGUCCGGCAGUACGAUCUCCAUCAUACAUAAGCUACUGGUGCUCAGCCCCCGGGAGCGUAUGACCGCCGAGCACGUGUUGGACGCGUUGCACACCUCGCUGUCCCUGUGGUUGUCCACCAAGAAUAUGGCGGCGCAGCUGCAGGUGGUGCCCGAUAUCGACCACCAGUUGAGUGAUUGUAAUGACAAUAAAGCGGACGAAUCGGCAGCUAAUGAGUGCCAGAAGUCGCAGCUUAAGACCACUACUACUCGCGAGGUGUGUGCUGUCAGUGGUUAUAGUCAUCCGAGUGGUGGCGGUAACAGACAGGACGUGCCGGUGGUGGUGGAGCCGUCGACCAGCGGCUCCCAUAAUACGAGGCAUACGUACGUCCGGCUGACCAGUGGUCGCAUGAGAACCACUCCCAUCGGGACCCUUCCGAUUAGGCGUAUCGAAAGCGAUGCCAAAACCCUGACCUUAGGCCAGAUGAUGAUGUUGAAGAGGUAUGUGUCCAAUGGUGGUAACGAUAUGUGA